UGUAGUAGUUCAGAAAAUAUAGCUACUUUGUUAAAUCUGUGAAGAGAAAAAUGCCAGGCCUCACCAUUGGAGAUGACCUUCCUAAUCUGGAAGUAGAAACCACUCAUGGAAAGAUGAAGCUCCAUGACUACGUUGGUGAUAGCUAUACCAUUCUCUUUUCUCACCCAGGUGAUUUUACUCCAGUUUGUACGACGGAGCUUGGUAUGAUGGCUGCAUACGCUAACAAGUUUGGUGAACGAGGAGUGAAGCUUCUUGGACUUUCUUGUGAUGAUAUUCAUUCUCACAAGGAGUGGAUCAAGGACAUCGAAGCUUACAACAAUGGACAUAAGGUGACAUACCCAAUAAUUGCUGAUCCGAAGAGAAAAUUGAUUAAGGAACUUAACAUGGUGGAUCCUGAAGAGACAGAUUCCUCUGGCCAAAAAGUCCCUUCUCGUGCUCUUCAUAUUGUUGGCCCUGACAAGAAGAUAAAACUGAGCUUUCUGUACCCAGCAAGCACAGGAAGAAACAUGGACGAAGUGGUGAGGGUCAUUGAUUCCCUACAGAAAGCUUCAAAGCACAAAAUUGCAACCCCAGCAAACUGGAAACCGGGAGAACCAGUAGUGAUAUCACCCAGUGUCUCCAAUGAACAAGCCGAGGAAAUGUUUCCACAGGGAUAUGACACUGCUAAUCUUCCUUCUGGCAAAGAUUACCUACGUUUCACUAAUGUUUGAGAACAUAAUAUAUGAAGCAAAUGUUUUACUAUAUAAAGUGCGUAGUUGUGGAAAUAAGUAGAUUUGGAUUAUAUUUAGAUCCUGCACUUCUCUUUUAGAAAUUGGAUGAAAAGUUUCUUUAGGAUAUUGUUGUUAAGGUAAUUUGGGGCUGCUGGAUUGUUUUAGGUCUUCAGUAUGGAGCUUGUUCCUUCUUUUUCUUGUGUUUUACGUAUGUCUCAGAGUAGUUGCUUUGAAGUGUAUUUUCAAACAGUUUUAAGUUUCAUGUUAUAUAGAAUACUAUAUGUGUGAUUAGUAUUAAUUUGUAAUUUGAUAAAUAUGUUGUACCCAGCAAACCAUCAUGUGCCUAAGUUGAUGUGCA